CCCAAACCUUUUCUUUCUUCUUUAUCCUCUUCUCUUCUUCAUCUCAUUCAUUUUGGUCGUUAAACCCUAUAACAACUCACUCUACACUCUACUCUCUGCACUCAGCAGCCACCGCACGACGUCGUUUCAGAGGGAACCAUGAACCCCUCCACCCUCACCCCUUCCCCUUCUUCUUCCCACAUACACCGUUCCCUUCUAUUACCCUCUCCCUCUCCCUUCCUCCGAACCCAACGGCGUCGUUUCAGGGUCUCCCUCCCUCGCUGUUCCUCCGACGCUCACCACCCUCCUUCAUCUUCGCCGCAGCUGCCGCUUAAGGACCUCAAGGGAAUUGAGCUCCUCGUCGACAAGUUGUCGCCGCCGGCCAGGCUCGCAACCUCCGCCAUCAUCGUUGCCGGCGCCGUGGCCGCAGGGUACGGCCUUGGGUCCCGUUUCGGCGGUAGCCGAACCUCAGCGCUGGGCGGUGCCGUGGCUCUCGGCGCGGCCAGCGGUGCUGCCGCUUACGCUUUGAAUGCGUCUGCACCACAAGUUGCAGCCGUGAAUUUGCAUAACUACGUGGCUGGGUUCGACGACAAAACCAAGUUGAAAAAGGAAGACAUUGAGGCCAUUGCCAGCAAGUAUGGUGUGAACAAGCAGGACGAGGCGUUCAAAGCUGAAAUUUGUGAUAUAUAUUCCGAGUUUGUAUCUUCUGUGCUUCCUCCUGGUGGUGAGGAACUUAAAGGUGAUGAGGUUGAUAGAAUCGUCAACUUCAAAAAUUCUUUAGGGAUUGAUGAUCCAGAUGCUGCUGCUAUGCACAUGGAGAUUGGUAGGAAAAUUUUCAGGCAAAGGCUGGAAGUUGGGGAUCGUGAUGCUGAUAUCGAGCAACGUCGGGCGUUUCAAAAGUUGAUAUAUGUGUCAAAUCUUGUAUUUGGAGAGGCAUCAUCUUUCCUUCUACCUUGGAAGCGCGUCUUCAAGAUCACUGAUUCCCAGAUUGAAGUAGCUGUUCGUGACAAUGCCCAGCGAUUGUAUGCUUCCAAGCUGAAAUCAGUUGGCAGAGAUAUUGAUGCAGGACAACUUGUUACACUUAAAGAAGCACAACGUUUAUGUUGCCUUUCUGAUGAGCUUGCUGAGAACUUGUUUAGAGAGCAUGCAAGGAAAUUGGUUGAGGAAAAUAUUUCAGUGGCACUUGGCAUACUUAAAUCUCGCACCAGAGCAGUUCCUGGAGUUAGUCAAGCAGUUGAGGAGCUUGACAAGGUAUUGGCAUUUAAUAGUUUACUCAUCUCAUUUAAGAAUCAUCCGGAUGUAGUUCACUUUGCCUGUGGUGUUGGUCCAGUUUCUUUAGUGGGUGGUGAGUAUGAUGGUGACAGAAAGAUGGAGGACUUGAAACUCCUUUAUAGGGCAUAUGUUACGGAUGCUUUAUCUGGUGGGCGCAUGGAAGAUAACAAGCUUGCUGCACUAAAUCAGUUAAAAAAUAUAUUUGGACUGGGUAAACGUGAAGCAGAAGCCAUUUCUCUUGAUGUUACAUCGAAGGUGUAUCGUAGACGACUUGCAGAGGCAGUUUCAGAUGGUGAGUUAGAAAUGGCGGAUAGCAAGGCAGCAUACCUACAGAAUUUAUGCGAUGAACUCCAUUUUGAUCCACAAAAGGCCAGUGAACUUCAUGAAGAAAUUUAUCGGCAAAAGCUUCAGCAAUGUGUAGCUGAUGGGGAGCUUAAUGAGAAUGACGUUGCUGCUUUGUUGAGGCUGCGUGUAAUGCUCUGUAUACCUCAACAGACUGUUGAAGCAGCUCAUUCGGAUAUAUGUGGCAGUUUAUUUGAGAAGAUUGUCAAGGAUGCAAUUGCAUCAGGGGUUGAUGGAUAUGAUGCUGAUGUCAAGAAAUCAGUAAGAAAAGCAGCACAUGGCUUGCGACUUACCAGGGAGACUGCUAUUUCUAUUGCAAGCAAGGCGGUAAGGACGAUAUUUAUUAAUUACAUAAAACGUGCACGAGCAGCUGGAAGUCGUACAGAGUCUGCAAAAGAACUGAAGAAGAUGAUAGCUUUCAACACCUUAGUUGUGACUGAGUUGGUGGAGGACAUUAAGGGGGAGUCGGCUGAUGUUUCAACUGAAGAACCUGUGAAAGAAGACAUGACACUAACUGAAGAUGAAGAAUGGGAUUCACUUCAGACACUCAAGAAAAUAAGACCAAACAAAGAACUUGUGGCAAAGUUGGGAAAGCCUGGUCAGACAGAAAUUACUCUUAAAGAUGACCUUCCGGAAAGGGAUAGGACUGAUCUUUACAAAACAUACUUGCUUUUCUGUAUAACUGGUGAAGUGACAAGGGUUCCAUUUGGUGCCCAAAUCACUACAAAGAAGGAUGAUUCUGAGUAUGUUCUUCUGAAUCAGCUUGGAGGGAUCCUGGGAUUGAGUGGUAAAGAAAUAGUAGAAGUACAUAGGAGUUUAGCCGAGCAAGCUUUUAGGCAACAAGCUGAGGUAAUUUUAGCUGAUGGACAGUUGACAAAGGCCAGGGUGGAGCAGCUUAAUAACCUGCAGAAGCAAGUAGGCUUACCUCAAGAAUACGCUCAGAAAAUAAUCAAGAGUAUAACCACUACAAAAAUGGCAGCUGCUAUUGAAACUGCUGUAACUCAAGGGAGGCUCAGUAUGAAGCAGAUAAGGGAACUUAAGGAAGCCAAUGUUGAUUUAGACAAUAUGGUAUCCGAGAAAUUGAGAGAGACCCUAUUCAAAAAGACUGUUGAUGAUAUUUUCUCAUCAGGUACUGGAGAGUUUGAUGAGGAGGAAGUAUACGAAAAAAUUCCAUCUGAUCUCAACAUUAAUAAGGAGAAAGCAAGAGGUGUUGUUCGUGAGCUUGCACAAAGUAGACUAUCUAACUCACUCAUUCAGGCCGUGGCAUUAUUAAGACAGAAAAAUCGUGAGGGAGUGGUUUCUUCCCUCAAUGACUUGCUGGCUUGUGACAAAGCAGUACCCUCACAGAUACUCUCAUGGGAAGUGCCAGAGGAGCUUGCUGAUCUAUACACCAUAUACUUGAAGAGUGAUCCAACUCCUGAGAAUUUGUCUCGUUUGCAGUAUCUGUUGGGCAUAAAUGAUUCCACAGCAGCUGCUCUUCGGGAGAUGGGAGAUAGAUUACUUAAUAUUACUGAGGAGGAAGAGAAGUUUGUAUUCUAGUGUUAUAAUCAAAUGUGUGGCAUUAGGCAUAUUGGAGAGGCCGCGAGCCCCCGCCAUUCUGCCAUUUUGUUUCACGGUAAAAAGAAAAAAAAUAUCAUGAUAUAUGCUUCUUGGAAUAGAGAUGAGUGCCGUGUUAGACGUUGAAAUCUCCGAUAACAUUUGUAUUUGGACAAUUGAAUUAAUUGCAAUUUUGUAUGAAUAAAA